UACGCUCUGCAAUAACUCCUUCACUGCCACAUCUUCUCCACCUGUUCCCCUUCUUCUUCUUCUCCCUCUCUCUCUCUUCUUUUGAUAAUAAAAACACUAUCUCUCUCUCCUUUCCCCCAAGUAUAUUUUCUUAAAUUCCCUUCACAAGAAAGUUAUCCUCCGCCAUUAAUCACCGCCCCACCCACCGCCUCCCGCCACUGGCUUUCCACUCUCUCUCUCUCUCUCGCCGGAAAACCAGACCCUCCGUCGUACCUUUCACGGCUCCUUCUCUCCGGCCGCCAAAGAGGGAAUAGUAAAACCCCAAGAAAAUGAUUAUUAUAAAUUAAUCUGGAGGCCUGAGGGAUUAUAAGAACAGUGAUUGAUUAAAGAUGUUUCAGCCGAACAUGUUUGAUACCCACCACCAUUUGCUGGAUAUGAGCCAUAAGCCGCCGGAGAACGAGUUGGAUAUGCUUAGAGACGACGAGUUUGAGAGCAAAUCCGGCACCGAUAUCAUGGAAGCUCCCUCCGGAGACGAUCAAGAUCCCAAUCUUCCCUCUAAUAAAAAGAAACGUUAUCAUCGUCACACCCAACAUCAAAUCCAAGAAAUGGAAUCGUUUUUCAAAGAAUGUCCGCACCCUGAUGAUAAACAAAGGAAGGAAUUGGGACGGAGAUUGGCCCUGGAGCCAUUGCAAGUGAAGUUUUGGUUCCAAAACAAACGCACUCAAAUGAAGGCUCAACACGAACGACAUGAGAACAGUCAAUUGAGGGCGGAGAACGACAAGCUUCGUGCUGAUAAUAUCCGGUAUAAGGAGGCCCUCAGCAACGCGACUUGCCCCAACUGUGGCGGGCCUGCAACCAUUGGCGAAAUGUCGUUUGAUGAGCAGCAUUUGAGGAUCGAAAAUGUUCGCCUUCGAGAAGAGAUUGACAAGAUUUCUGCCAUUGCUGCCAAGUAUGUUGGCAAGCCAAUGCUUUCAUACCCCAACGCGCCGCCACUCGCGCCGCCGCGUUCGCUUGAUCUAGGAGUGGGAAGUUUCGGCCCUCCACCGGCACAGCUGCCGGGGGAAUUAUACACCGCCGGCGAUCUUCUCCGGUCGGUUUCCGGGCCUUCAGAUGCUGAUAAGCCCAUGAUCAUCGAGCUCGCGGUGGCUGCAAUGGAGGAGCUGAUCAGAAUGGCGCAAUCCGGAGAACCCUUGUGGGUCCCAAGCCCCGACAACUCCACCGAGAUUCUUAGCGAAGAUGAAUAUGUCCGGACAUUCCCAAGAGGGAUUGGUCCGAAGCCAUUGGGAUUCAAAUCCGAAGCCUCCCGAGAAUCAGCCGUUGUCAUCAUGAAUCACAUUAACCUCGUCGAAAUUCUCAUGGAUGUGAGUCAAUGGUCGUCCGUGUUCGCGGGAAUUGUGUCAAGAGCGCUCACCCUAGAGGUUUUAUCCACCGGCGUCGCCGGCAAUUACAACGGCGCACUACAAACAAUGACAGCCGAGUUUCAAGUCCCUUCACCACUCGUUCCAACUCGAGAAAACUAUUUCUUGAGAUACUGCAAGCAGCACGGCGAUGGAACCUGGGCAGUGGUUGAUGUUUCUCUGGACACAUUGCGCCCUUCUGCAGUUACAAGGUGUAGGAGAAGGCCAUCUGGUUGCUUAAUUCAAGAAUUACCCAACGGUUAUUCCAAGGUAACAUGGAUUGAGCACGUUGAAGUGGAUGAUCGAGCUGUUCACAGCAUCUACAGACCUCUAGUCAAUUCCGGCCUGGCUUUCGGGGCGAAACGCUGGGUGACCGCGCUAGACCGGCAGUGCGAACGCCUUGCCAGCGCCAUGGCUAGCAACAUCCAAACCGGAGAAGUUGGAGUGAUAACGAGCCCGGAAGGCAGGAAGAGCAUGCUGAAGCUUGCCGAGAGAAUGGUGAUGAGCUUUUGUGCUGGAGUUGGGGCCUCGACUGCCCAUACAUGGACAACGUUGUCGGGCAGCGGGGCCGAUGAUGUUCGGGUUAUGACCCGGAAGAGCAUAGAUGAUCCUGGGAGGCCUCCUGGAAUAGUUCUCAGCGCUGCAACUUCUUUCUGGCUGCCUGUACCACCCAAAAGGGUGUUCGAUUUUCUCCGCGACGAAAAUUCCAGAAAUGAGUGGGAUAUUCUCUCUAACGGCGGGCUUGUUCAAGAAAUGGCGCAUAUUGCCAACGGUCGUGAUCCUGGAAACUGCGUCUCUCUCUUGCGAGUUAACAGCGCGAAUUCAAGCCAGAGCAACAUGCUGAUUCUCCAGGAGAGUUGUACGGAUUCGACAGGAUCCUAUGUUAUCUAUGCUCCGGUCGACAUUGUGGCCAUGAAUGUUGUGUUGAGUGGCGGAGAUCCUGACUAUGUUGCCUUGUUGCCUUCUGGUUUCGCCAUUCUCCCCGACGGGCCGGCGAGCAACGGGGCUGUGAUGAAUCCCGAGGUUGGUUCCGGCGGGUCUCUACUCACCGUUGCGUUUCAGAUAUUGGUAGAUUCGGUCCCGACGGCGAAGCUCUCUCUCGGAUCGGUGGCCACCGUGAACAGCCUCAUCAAGUGCACCGUCGAAAGGAUCAAAAGCGCCGUUGCGUGCGAAAGUGCAUGAUCUCAUCUUCAAUAAAAAUGAAUGUAUUGCAGUGGGACAUGAAGGGGUAUUGUAAGGACAAAAGAAGCAAGAAGGGUUUGUGUGAUCAAAGAAAGGGAAGAAGUCAAGAACGCACCGUAUAUAUAUGAGUGUGUAAGUCCUUGUUGUGUGGUGUUUUGUUGAGGAAAGUUUAAGUGGCAUUUCACCAGACUGCAAGGGUGAUGGUUCGGGUAUUGACUUCGCCAUUAUAGUCGUCAAGUGGACAAAAAUGAUAUUGUAAUUCGAGUGAAUGAGUAAACGCUAGCUAGAGUUUAAUUAAUACAAUUAUAAUUGUAUGAUUAUAUCUAUUAUUAUGUCUUCAUCCAUCUUCAUAAUUGUAUGAUUAUUAUAUCUAUUAUGUCUUCAUCAAUGGUACUUUUUGUCAUGUAUCAA